UAUAUAAGAGGCUCAGGACACCACAGCACCACACACGCUCGCCUCACACCAUCGCUCAACACCACGACUUCGUUGUAUCUCGACCAAGUUUUCAGUAUGGACUGCAAGUUGAUCCUGUUGGCUGCCCUCGUGGUCGUCGCUGCCGCUAGGCCUCAGGAUGAGCAACCAGCUGUGUAUCAGUUCACAUGGGAAGUGAAUGACCCAGAGAGUGGCAACAACUACGGACAGACGGAGUCUCGUGAUGGCGACAAAACCGAAGGCCGCUACGAGAUGGUUCUCCCAGACACUCGCAAGCAGAUCGUAACUUAUACAGUCGACGGCGACGGAGGUUUCGUUGCCGAUGUCCAGUAUGAAGGCACGGCUGUGCUCAAGCGCUAAAAAGAAAAUGGCGGCAGAGAAAGUAGGGACUUUGAAGGACAAACCAUGUAAAAAAAAAAAUGUAUGGUUUAUGUGCAGUUUGCAUACUUGUCAAUGAUGGAUGAUGUGCUAUCAUUCCUAAUAUUGACUUGGAUGUGACGUUUCAGAUGCUUCCUUAAGUAGCAUGACCGCUGGGAUGUGAAGUUUAGCCAUUAUCUUUCACGAAGACAGCAGUCUUUGAUUUUACAUACCGCUGUGAUAUGGGUUAAUUUUCAUGACUCAGACUACUUUUAUGUUACACUGUUGUAUAUUGUCUUGAAUCUUUGUUUUCUUGAAUUCCUAUACAUGUUCAUGCGUUAAUAAAUUUUGCUAUUUGAUAA